AUGUUGUUGAUUUCUGCUUAUUGUUCUCCUAAACCUGAUUUGAUUUUCUGCUUGAAUGAUAUUUCAAGAGUUUUGAAUAAAGAUCUAUGUAAUGAUUUUGUAAUUUGCGCAGACUUUAAUGCUAAAAGUGAAGUCUGGGGUGAUCAAGAGGAAGAUAUUAGAGGAAAACAAGUUCUGGAAUUUAUUAAUUCACAUGGGAUUUGUAUCUUGAAUAAUCCAGAUUCUCCUCCUACUUUUGAAGGAGCAAGAGGUUCUUCCUGGAUUGAUCUUACUCUUGUGCAUACUUCCAUAAAUAUUGAUUGGAGAGUUAUUACAGAUAUUUCUUGCAGUGAUCAUAACUAUAUAGAAAUUGAUCUUGGUGAAAAGGAUUAUUCUCCUGUGAUGAGAAAGAGGUUUUCAUUAAAAAAUUUAAAUUGGAUUGAUUUUAAGAAAGAUGCUUCGGCUCUUUUGUUGCAAUAUAACAAAUUAAAGAUUGAUGAAAAAAAUUUGGAAGAAAUAGUUGAAAGAUUUGCUGAAGAAAUUGUAAAUAUUUGUGAAAAGAAUAAAAUCAAAAAGAAGUUUAAAGCAAAAGGGUCCUCAGUUUGGUGGACUAAGAAAUUGGAUCUUUUGAGGUCUAAUGUUAGGGUUGUAAGAAGAAAAUUUCUUUGUGCCUUUAAUUUGGAAGAUAAAUUGUUUUUGGAGGAUAAAUAUAAGAGAUUAAGAGGAAUUUAUAAAAAAGAAAUUAAUAUCGCUAAAAAUCAAUCGUGGGAUGAUUUAUGUAUGAAAACUAACUUGGAUCAACCAUAUGGUAUUCCAUAUAAAAUUACUGUGGGAAAGUGUAAAUCUGCACUUACUUUGAGUCGGUUAAAAAGAGAUGAUGGCUCUGAAACAAUUCAAUAA